AUGUCAGACAUUCUAUAACCUCUGAACUCUGCCUCUAGACUAUAAGAGCUGCUGUUGCCUUGGGAUUUCUACAACAUACUUCUUGCCAGUUGAGUCAGAAUGAAGGCUCUACUUUGGCUUUACCAUGUUUUGUGCUUUCUUUGCUACUGCCGUGCUGUGCCCCAAAUGUCGAGACUGAGUGCGAGUUCAAGCCCAUUGACUGGAAAUAUGUCACCAAUAUAUAGCUACUUUGAUAUACCAUGGCUGGCAUCUAUACCUGGAAAUUGCCAGGGUAUUGUCCUGACUCCAUGGCUGAUUCUUUCUACAGCUAACUGUCUGAAGAAAUUGAAACCGUUAUACCUGGACAUUUCAGGAGUAAAUGACCCAGAAAGCAUUCCACAUGGCCAAAGAAUCUGCCUCCACCCCAAGUUUAAUCCCAAAGAUGAAAAUGAUCCAGUGGAAGCAGAUAUUGGCUUGAUCAUUCUUGAAGAGCCUAUUUACGGGGAUGAAAUACCACUAUCUCAGUUCACUAAUAUAUCCUUGAAGAGCUGUUCUAAGUGCCAAUACAAAAGCUGUUAUGUGUAUGAAUAUCAGAGUAGCAAGAAGCUCGGAACCACCAGAGUAAAGAAGAUAGAUGUGCAGCUUCUAGAUUUCUCAACAUGCCACCACCAGCAUUCCUAUCUAGAGAAGACUGUGGGCUUGUGUAUUCAGAGUCAACCACGGGAAGACUGCUGGAUACAGCAAGCCAGUCCUGUUCUAUGUCUCCUAAAGAACCACUGGGAACUAGUGGGCCUCAUACAUAGGACUUCAAAGAUAUGUCAAAAUCCCACAGUCAUCAUUAGAACAACUCCUUACUUUACCUGGAUAAAACGAUUCAUCAAGGCAUCUAAGAAGCUACUGAAUCCUACUUCCUCUUUACACUGUAGGACAUUGUAUGAAAAUGAGCAUGUUCCCCAAAUCAGGCAUAGCCAUAAUUAUAUCCCAACUCUGGUCUCCCAGAAUUCCUCCUUGGGGGUUUUACAAAGAAACUUAAGUACUUCUCCACAAACCAAACAUAUCACCAAUGUACCAAAAAUCUUUAAUUUUAGUGAUGCAAAUUAUUUUGCUGAUAGCCAUAGAUUGUUCCUUGAUAAAAGCCAGACCCCACAAACUGUCAAGUCAUUGCCUGUUGCUGUACUUCCAAAAAAUUCUGGACAGAAUUUAAUUCAGUAUCAUGAGGAUACCGCUCCACAUAAUACAAAUAAUUUAAGUAAAUCUCCAUUAUCUCAGCUUAUUUCUGACACAGCUAUAUCAUAUACUCCUCCUAAGACUGAUGGUUUUAAACCCUGUGUUUCUGCAGCAUAUAAUACUGGUGAGUCUUUUGAUAAAAUGAUGGCAGAUAUAAUUAAACAAUCAAAUCCAUCAGAAGAUGAUGGAGUGGAGUCUGCGAAUUUCCAUGAGGGUAGUAUGACAGAAAAUACUACUGAUUUAGAUAAGCACAGGAAUCUUUGGAGGAUGAUGUCAAAUGGACCUCAGGAUCAAUAUGCAACUAAGUCCAACUUACAACCAAAUUUCUCUUUAUCUGAAGGAGAGGAAUCCUGGAGACUCUUUACUUCAGGUUCAGCUGCUAACAAAAUAGACCUGCCCAUGGAACCUCUAUUACAAAAUGAUAUGUAUGAUAUGCCUCCUUUUGAAAGUGGGGUUCCCAAGCCAGGUGGUAUAAUUGAAAUCUGGAAUUCUCCUGAAUACUAUGCUCUAAGUUCUCAAGAUCAACCAGUUACUGUUCCAGUAAGAGCUCAAGAUCAUCCUGUAAGUGAUGCUAAUAGAGUCCAGAUUCUACCAAUGGACAGCAUAGGUAUGCCCUUGACUCCUAAAUUGGCUACCUAUGAAUCGAUUAAUCUUGAGGCUAAAAGCCCUCCAUACCCAAAUUAGCACAGUACAAUGCCAUCACAAGGCCAGUCUUCAUUUAUGGCCAUGAUGCAGCCUAUAGUUGAAACUGAAUUCCAACUAAAAGCUGAAUCUGAGAGAGUUAGACACCUAGAUUAAUCUUAGCCUAAAGUAUCUCUAAGGUGAAGUAGACAUAGUAGGAAUUCUUGUCUGUAUCAAAGCUCACAUAUUACUGAGACAAAUUACCUUUAGUCCCUUGGAACAACUUAUGGCCUCAUCUCAUUUGAAAUGCCGUUUGUUCUUAUAGAAUAUUAUGUACACACUUAUCUCUUUUCAAAAAGUUAAAAUAAAAACAAAUUGAAAAGCAAA